AUGACGCGAUCCUUUCUAACGGCGACGUCCAACUUACCCCAGGCGCAUCAGACGUGCAAGCUCCGCGACGGACGUUCGCUGGGCUUUGCUGAAUUUGGGGAUCCGUACGGCAAACCUGUGCUAUACUUUCAUGGUACGCCCGGCUCCCGUCUCGAGGCUGGAGACUGCAGCGAGGCAGGCAAGAAGACGGGUGCGCGAAUCAUUGGCAUUGACAGACCUGGAAUAGGCCUCUCCACCUGGAAGAAGGACUACGAGCUCAAGGAGUGGCCAGAAGACAUUGCCGAUCUCUGCGAUCACCUCAAUCUUCAAGAUGUGCAUGUUCUGGGUGGCUCUGGCGGAGGUAUCUACGCGAUGGCAUGCGCAAGGUACCUUGGCGAAAAGCUCCGAAAUCAGCGACGCCUCAAGUCAUCGGGCAUCUUGGCUGGUCUCUUCUAUGAUGCUGGCCUGUCCGGUGUAUCAUGGCAGCGUUACAUCGCAUACAAGUACAACAUAUAUGCACCCCGCUCCCUGCUCAAGUAUACGAUCGACCGCGACUUCGUUCGACCAGCGCAAGACGCGGACCCUGCAGUGUUUCGCCGCACCAUGGUGAAGCUCCUUGAGUCUUUACCAGAAAUCGAACAGAGGUGCCUGCGACAGGACGCAGAGUCAUUCGAUCGUCUCAUCGACGUCUUUCGCGAGUCAAUGAGACAAGGCUCAGAAGGAUACAUGACCGACGCCUACAUGCAAUUUGCGCCAUUACCUUUCCCCCUGAAAUCGGUCCACUCAAGAGUCAAGCUGUAUUACGGUGACCGCGACGGAAGUACGCCCCUGUCCAUGGGCCAAUAUGCACAAGAGAGGCUUCCGAAUGCCAGCCUUAAAACUUUUCCCGGCGAGGGCCACUUCUCGCUCUUCUUCCAUCACGGCACAGCGAUCGUCGCAGACCUGAUCGCUGACGACUGA